UAUUCAGCUUCCUGUUUCUACAUACCCGAGGAAAGUUUCCAGUACUUAAAGGCGGGGACUACGUGCUGCAAAAGAAAGCCCUUCCUCAUGCAGGAUAGGAAUUAUACUUCAUUCAGUUGUCUGAGCCAGCCUCUGCCUUGUUGCUCUAGUAGUAUUGGAAGACCAGCACAUGUGCUAGUAGUACUGGAGUACUGAAAUACCAGCAGUUCAGGAUGCUGCAGACUGAAAUGCGAUUUCAAUCCAGCAACUUCUGGGUUUCAGGAAUACUGGACUCUUUCCCUCACAAGCCCACAAUGGCGGUGGACGUAGCAAUGCAGUUCUGCCUGCGCACGCCCCCUUUGCGACGAGAGAGUUUUGCCUACAAAAUAGCUCCAAAAUCCAAAAAACCCUUGCGACCCUGCAUCCAUUUGAACAGCAGUACCGAAUUAAAUGAACUGGGAGCCGAAGUCAAAGCUCUACAGAGAAAGAGAGUAAAAAAGAGGGUUUCCUUUGCCGACAGUCGGGGCUUGGCUCUAACGGUGGUUAAAGUGUUCUCGGAAUUUGACAACUCGCUAGAUAUUCCAUUCAAUAUCACUGAACUAAUAGACAACAUUGUGGGCCUGACAACGGUGGACAGAGAUGACUUUGUCUUGGAUUUUGUACUGCCUUCUGCUGAUUAUUUGGACUUCCGGAAUCGUCUCCAGGCAGACUAUGUCUGCCUCGAGAACUGCACGUUGAAAGAUAAAGCCAUCACAGGCACAGUGAAAGUCAGGAAUCUCGCAUUUGAGAAGGCCGUGAAGAUCCGGAUGACAUUUGAUACCUGGAAAACCUUCACGGACUACCUGUGCCAAUAUGUUAAGGACACAUACGCAGGUUCGGAUAAGGACACGUUCUCCUUUGAUGUCAGCUUGCCAGAAAGAGUUCAGCCCCAUGAAAGGAUAGAGUUUGCAGUGUGUUACGAGUGUGAUGGCAAGGUGUAUUGGGACAGCAACAAAGGCCUGAAUUACAGGAUCAUACGGUCUGAACUCAAAUCUGCUCGGGAGAUUUCUCAGCCACAGGACGAACCUGGCUUUGGAAUUGCCUUCGACCAGUUUGGUAGCCCAAGGUGUUCCUACGGCCUGUUUCCUGAAUGGCCAAGCUAUUCAGGGUAUGAAAAACUUGGGCCUUAUUACUGAAUCAAAAACGGGGUCUGUGUUACUUACAGUGCAGGAUUUAAAGAACCAACUACAUUGCAGAGUGCUGCAAUUUCACAAUUGCCAAAGGAGGUGUGUGUUUAUAGUUACAGAAACUGAAACGUCAAGACUUGUGAAACUCCUGACUGCAGAGGGUUUAAAAAUGGAUGGUCUCUAUACCAUCCUGGUUGUUAUGAAUCUAAACGGCUAAAAGAAAGGGGUG